GUUUUUGCUGUCGUGUCCUUUUGAGACUGGUGUAAGCUUUUCUUUCCCCUCCCAAGUUGUGUUCAUUCACCACUGCCAGCUCUUUAUUUGACGUGGACUUCAUCGUCACCAGGAGAGGAGCUCACGGACUCAGCUUGCUUCAAACAAAUAAAACAAAAUGCCUGGACCAGCUGCAAGUGCAACCAAUGUUGGGGUUUCAAGCCGAUCCCCCAGUAAGACCGUGGCCCCCCGGGCAACAGGCUCCACUGUCAGGCAGAGGAAAGUAACCAGUAGCGGUACCCGUAGUGCUGGCAGGACCACUGGGUCAGCGGGCACCGGGGGAAUGUGGCGCUUCUACACCGAGGAUUCGCCGGGACUCAAAGUCGGCCCUGUGCCUGUGUUGGUGAUGAGCCUGCUCUUCAUCGCCUCGGUGUUCAUGCUUCACAUUUGGGGAAAAUACACGCGCUCUUAAUGACCACCGACCUUCGCCAUCUUAACACAUCGGACCAGGACCAAACCGCAGACCCCAUUGUCUCUCCCCUAAGUACCAAUCACAUAAAAACUGGAUUUUUAUGUGGGACAUUUUCAACACUUGGAUGUUUUCGUCCACAUCUUUGACACAGCAGCGCCUUCGGACAAUUAGAUUAAUUUCAGGCAUCCUCUCUUCUACAAAAAAAAUAUCCUUGAAGCCCGGAACAUUUUUUUUGUUAAAAGCAUUUGUACAAAAUGUAAUUUUUAUUUGUACAAUAAAAAAAAAAGGAAAUAAAA